AGCCGCGCAGAAUGCGGUCAUCGUCCCAAAAGCCGAAAGUUGCCGAAGAGCCUUCGGGGUUCCUUUCUGGGUUUCCUCUCUUUCGCCGGAAUUUUCCGACAGCAGCCGAGCGCGUUCUUCUAAGGCUCUCCCUUCGAACCCGCCCUCUCCGAACGUUGCCAUGCGCGCUCGGGCGGCGAAGUUGCCGAAACCUGCCGAGCGUGCGCGCGUGUUCGCCUCCCGAUUCCUGAAACCAGGGGGCGGGGAGAGGAAGCAGCGCUGGUGCUAUGGAGAGCGUGCAACAGAGCCCCCUGGCGGCGGCGCGGCUAACGGGGAGGCGUCUUCGACGUCUGCGGACGGCGAGUUUUCGCGUGCGCCUGUCUUCGGAGCUGGCGGCUUUGGGCGACGGUGCAAGAAGCGCGGCGGAGGAAUGGAGACCAGGAAGCUAAUCACCGCAACAGACAACCAGUACUCUGGCAUGUUGUUAAAGGCUUUGGACGAACAGCGAGGACAUGGACUUUUCUGUGAUGUUACCAUCAUUGUGGAGGACCGAAAAUUUCGAGCCCACAGAAAUGUCCUUUCAGCUUCCAGCACUUACUUCCACCAGCUUUUCGCGCUUGCAGGUCAAGUGGUUGAACUGAACUUCAUCAGAGCAGAGAUUUUUGCAGAAAUUCUCAAUUACAUUUACAGCUCCAAAAUAGUCCGGGUGAGAUCGGACUUGCUCGAUGAGUUAAUUAAAUCAGGGCAGUUGCUGGGAGUUAAAUUCCUUGCUGAUUUGGGUGGUCCUUUGCAGCAGGUGAAAAGUAUGUCAGGAAGUGUCAAGCCUGGCUCUUCAGAAUGGCCCAGCUCUGAAACUAAUGGCCUUGAAGCACAGAAGUCUCCAACACCAGCUGGGGGCCAAAAUCUGAUUGAUGAGAAGCCUGCUGUAACAGUCUCGUUGCAUGGGGAAGCGUGUGAUGCUGCAAAGAUUACUAUCAGUGAUUCUGAUGAUGACGAUGUCAUUUUCUGCUCUGAGCUUGUGCCUCCAAAGGACUGUCCUCUGGAGCCUACUGUAGUAGCACAGAGCCAGCCUUGCCUAAAUCCUGUGGGGGUCCCUGAUCAAGUAAAUUGUACCAGCAGUAGUUCCCUGCCUCAGUCAGUUGCAGCGACAGCUCCGAGGCUUGACUCGUGCCCUGGCCAGUCAAAUCCAACUGAAAACCAAGUACCUGCUGAGCAACUUGUCCCCCCGGUUCCAAAACCUAUGGCUCCAAAUGUGCUUGUGUUAAAUAGGCCACAGAUUGGAGCAUUGCCAAAUGCUGGCUCAUCACAUGAAAUAGAGGUAUCUCCUAUCCCCGAAGAGAAUCAGCAGCCAUCUAAUAAUGAUUCCUUAACUGACAUGGAAACCAAUGCCAUUGAUGAAGAAGAGGAUGAAGAUGAGGAUGUUGAAGAUGACGACGACAUCCUCGGUUCAUCCAGCCCAGGUUCAGCAAGCAGCAGUUCUUUGGUCCAGCAGCCCACCACCCCUAAACCAGCCGCUGCACCUGAUGCCACAGGAGUACAGAUGAAGCACAGUCCUAGCUUUCCCCAAGAACCAGUCUCCCAACCCAGAAAGUUCAAAAAGAAAGUUUCUGAUGUUCUUCCUGGGAGCAACAAGGACGCUCCAGCGGGCGCUGUGCCAAAGCACGUAACGGAAGGCCAGAAGACCAUCACUUUAGAUAAAGCUACUGAGAUAGAAAGCUUGUCGACAGGUUGCAAGGUUUAUGCAAACAUCGGUGAAGAUACCUAUGAUAUUGUAAUCCCUGUGAAAGAUGAAGCUGAUGGAGAAGUGCAGUUGGAUGACAUGCCCAGAACAUCGGGGGACGAUUCUACAAACAGGAAGCGCCUCAAAGUAAAGCAUGAUGAUCACUAUGAACUCAUAAUGGAUGGCAAGGUCUACUAUAUCUGCAUUGUGUGCAGGAGGUCUUACGUUUGUCUUACAAGUUUGCGGAGACACUUCAACGUGCAUUCUUGGGAGAAGAAGUAUCCAUGUCGCUAUUGCGAGAAGGUUUUUCCUCUUGCGGAGUACCGCACCAAGCAUGAAAUUCACCAUACCGGGGAGCGGCGGUACCAGUGCUUGGCAUGUGGACAGUGUUUCAUCAACUAUCAGGUCAUGGCCACGCACGUAAGAUCGGUUCACAGCCAGGAUCCUUCUGGCGAGUCCAAGCUAUAUCGCUUGCAUCCCUGUCGGUCUCUGCAGAUCAGAAAUUAUGCAUAUAUUUCAGGAAGUUCCAGCAAUAUACCUAUGGUAAAUGACAAUGCUCUUGUUUAUCCUGUUGACCCUGCAAAAGAAGCCCCUCAAGAACCAGCCCCUAACCCUUCAGGAAAGCCAAUGACCUGGGAUGAUAUCUUUGUUCCACAGGGAAGUGAAUCACUAUUCAAACAAAAUCCAUCGGAUGGCAGUACUGAAUUUGAGUUUGUUAUACCGGAAUCUUAUUGAAUCUUCUCUCUGACCGAAAUAGAAAUAUAGAUAUAUAUAUAUAGAUAUAUAUAUAUAAAGAAAAACUUCUUUAAAUGGGCUGCUUGAAAAAAGUUGUAGGACAUCUCAUGUUAUAUAACAAGUCAGUGUGUUAACGCCUAGCCAACAAAAUGUAGUAUGUUAAGACUAGAAUGUCUAUAAGCUUCAGAGAUCCUUGUGAAAGAAAAUUGGUCAGGGAAAGAAAAAGGUUUCACCUGAAUAUGGGAAAAGGCACUUGAGAAGCUAGGUGUUAAAUGUGUUUGGUUCAUUAUCAUGGAUCGAAAUCUGGUGAAAUAAUUGUUUGAAAAGGUGUGGCUUCUUUACAAUAAAGGUAACUCACAACUUAUGCAUUUAUAAACCAUGCGCAUUCAGUUUCAUGUGUUUGGCAAAAAAAUUUUUUAGAAAAUUAAAUAGGGGGCAGAUGUUCAGGUAAAAGGACUGUGCCAAUCCCUCCUGCCAUUGAACCCAGUGUGUUUUGACCAAACAUGACUUUGGCAUUAGGUGCAAUCCCUGGACCAUAAUCCCCACGUAAGUUGAGAGUCUCUUGUAAUGAGAAAUGACCCCGAUAACUUGUAGAAUAAUGGGAACAUUUAUUGCCUCUUGAACCACUUAUUAUGUAAUCCCUUCUUUCAUGCUAGCACUUUAAAACUGAUUUUUUUUAAUUGCUUGAGACUACGUAAAGGCAGUCUGGAUAGGUUUUCUGAUUAUAGCUUAGUUCUUUUUUUAUAGUAGAAAUCAUUGCACUCCUUUUAACUUAAUGGAAAGCACAGUGUUGUUGCGGGAGGGUAUGUGAAGGUCCAGUCAUCCUGUCCAUAAAUCAAAUUAUUUUCUAAGUGGCGUCCCAAAUCUGUUCUGCUCCAAAAUAGCCAUUCUGCCUUCACAAAAAUUGCUCAUAAUGUAAGCUUGUAUCUUGGAGGAGAAAAGAUGCUAUUUGAUUGAAGAAGCCAGAACAAGUUUUAUUUAUAUUUGGUAAUUAAAAUGACCCAGUGGCUGGACCAUUGUGUUUUAUUCUUCAACACAGGAGGGGCUUUGUCAGCAAAAUUGUCCAGUGACAUUGCCCUUCUUCAGCCUGCCCACAUUUUCUACCCUCCAAUAUCAAGGAAUUAUGUCAGAUUCUCCUUUUGCUAAAACCAUGUUGGUGGUUUGGAUUAAGCUGCCGUUUUCCAUUUAGCUUACCAUGGAAAAAGGUGGUGACAGAUAUAACUGUAUAGGUGGGUUUUUGUUUUUGUUUUGUGCUGAAGGGUGUGGAAGCUGUUUCCCAAAGUUACACUUCAAAUGAUGUACAAUAUGCUCACAACUUACACACAUUUAACUAGUGUGUGCAUUUAUCUUUAUGUGCUUGGCAAAACAUUUUUUUAAAGGGGGCAGAAAGGAGGAGGGUGUUCAGGGGUAAAAAAGACUGGUAAUCCCAUCUGCUAUUGCACCCGAUGUGCUUUGACUCUCCCCAGAACAUAACCCCCACGUAAGUUGCGGGCUUACUGUCAUUUGUUCCAUAAUUGAACUUAUUUAUAGUUUUUCAUGAACUUAGUUAUUUUGACUUCAUUUCAGGGUAACUGUCAGGUUAGUUAGGAGUUCAGAUAAGGAUUUAACAUCUCAUGUACGUUCACUGGCAGGGGUGUGUCAGGUCUCAGACAUUGUGCCUGUUUACUCCCCCCCCCCCUGCACAAUGUUAACAUUUUUUUAAAAAUGCUGUGGUUAUAGUAAAAGUCCAUCUUGAGUGGCGGGGGGAGGGAGAGCUUGUCCCAAGUAAACUGGCCAGCAGUCAUGUAGUCUGUUGCUUUACAUUGAAUGAUGUCCUAAAUUUUUUGUAAAUUACGCGGGGUUGUAGGGUGUGUGUGGAGAUGUUAUAGAAGACGGGAAAGGAUUGUGAUGAAUAGAAGUAGCUAGAAAUCAGUGGUAUGUCGUUAAAAUCUCUUCUUCCCACCACUUUAGAAUUCCUUCUCCCCAUGUUUUGUGAAAUAAACAUUUCAUUUUAAAAGCAACCACUUCUGGACCUUAAUUUUAAGAACAUAAGAAUAGCCUGCUAGAUCAAGCCAAUGACUCAUCUAGUCUGGCAGCCUGUGGGAGACCAGGAAGCAAAACAUGAGCACAAGAGCAAUCUUCCCUUCUAUGGUUUUCAGGACAGCUAUUUGGAACCAUUGUUGCCUCCAAUUGUGGAAGUAGAGCAUAUAGCCAUCAUGGCAAGUAGACAUUGAUAGCCCUCUCCUCCAUCAAUUUGUCCAAUGCUCUCUUCAAGCCAUCCAAGUUGGUGGCCAUCACUGCCUCCUGGGGAAACUAGUUCCAUAGUUUGACUAUGUGCUGCAUGAAUAAAUCUGAUCUUUUAUCUGUCCUGAAUCUUCCGACAUUCAGCUUCAUUGGAUGUCCAUGAGAGGGGGAGAAUUUAUUUUUUAAAUCCACUUCACUAUUUUAUAAACUUCUAUCAUGUUGCCUCUUCCUAGCCUUUUAUCUAAACUAAAAAGUCUCUAAUCUUUCCUGUAGGGAGCAUCACCCCGUUUUUCAUGGCACCACUGGGUUGACGUCUUAAUCAAGCCCUCUGCUAUAACUCCCCCAAGGUCUUGCUCCUGGUCCUUCACCUUUAGAUUUUAAUCCUUUGAUUAAAAAUAUAUAUAUCUACUUUUCUGGCAAGAAAGUAAGGUCUGUUGAAAUAUGAUAAGCUAUGACAAAAAGGAUGUUGGAAAUCUGUGUUUGCAGUAAUGGGCAAAGGUCCUUUGUUAUCUAGACUGAGAAUACAUUUUGUUUAUGGGGGAGGGAUUAAAAAGAAAAUAGUUCCAUAAACCAUGUUUUAAAGUGAGUGGUUCAUAUUUAAAUCUGAUUUGUGAUGAUGAUGAUGAUAAUUUUAAUCACUAGUUGAAAUUGGUGUGUUCCUUCUGUUACAGGAGGCAUGCUUCAAGUUUCUCUAAAAUUUUAGGAGUGAACAAGAUCCCUGUUAAUGAGAUAAUAUUAGUAGUUCUUAGCAAAAGAAAAGUCGCUUUGCGCUAAGUAAAAAUUGCUCACCAUUCCUUCAAAUGAUAGGUUUUGUGCAUCUUAUAGCAGAUGUUAGUUAUGGAGUUAAACAACCUAUACUUCCAGAGAAUAUUGGCAGCAGCAGUGCAGAGGAAGGAGUACAGAAAUAAACAAAGCGUGAUACAUAGCUGAGAACGGCCCCACUUUAUUGAUUGAUUACAGCGAAUAGGUUUAGUGCCCUAGGGCAUACAACAAAAGACUGAGCAGCCUGAGUGCUGGUGGAUACCCCAACAACCAAUAGGGAGUUGUCCAAGGUCAGGGUCCACUAUAGCAUGUACAGCUUUGAAGCAAACAUGGACAACCUGGUAGGGGGUGCUAUGACCCUUCAGCCCCCAAACGGCUUCUAGACAGGGAGCGCCACCCUCCCAAGUUCCCUUAAGGUUGAACUCCCCCUGAAAUGGGUCCGGGUGCCCCUUCUCACUUCCCUUCUUAGAUUCCAGCCCCAAUGCCUUUGCUGCCACCAAAGGAAAGAUGAGGGCAAAUGGAGGGUGCCUCUCCUAUUAACACCCCCCGAAAGGGAGUCUUAUUCCAGCCCUGGGUUGGGCAACAGGGGAUUGGAUUAGAUGACCCUUGUCCCUUCCAACUCUAUGAUUCAUCUCUUGGAGAGGCAGCCCUGAUUGACUUAUCGAGUGAAGGCUGCUGUCCCCGUUCUGCACUGCGCCACUGCAGAGCUAGACUCCCUGGUAAUUUCAGGAGAACCAGGACAUAAUGAUAGCAUCCACUGAAACUUUUUAAAACUUAAAGGGAUCGUAUCCUACUCAGAAUAGGCUGAUUGAAAUUAAUGAACCUAAGUUGUUCACACCCGUUAUUUUCAGUGGUUCUACUCUUGAGUAUGACUUAAUGUUGGAUACAGCCCCAAAUCAUGCCUAUAGAAGGUGUCUCUUUUUUUCCUUUUGAUUAAGUAUACUGUAAAAGAAAACUGGAAGAUAGGGUUCCAAGUUGUAUGUUUUUGGUAGAAGAAUCAGACAUGCAGACAUCUCAGGUUCCUUGCUUUUCCUAGGAAGAAAGUUUCAGUAUCCAAAGUUGAAAAGUCAGUAUAAAGUGUGUUUAUAUUUUUGAAAUCCUCUGCUUUUAGUAAUUAUGGGUUGGAAAUAGCACUGUACCCGUUCUGUACCUUAAGCCAUUUUUGUGACACCCUAUCGUUUAGAUAUUAAAACACCUGACUUUUGCUUUUUGUAGGGUUAAAAAGAAACACUUUUGGUUUCUAGCCUCACUUAUCACCUUUCUGUAAAUAUUAGCAUGUUGACUCUGGGGAGGAAGGUUACUGUAACCUAAAAAUGUGUUUGUACAGAAGAGCUAGAUAUUAACCAGAAACCCCAUAGCAAAUCUGUACUCAAGGUUAAAAUAAUAGUGGUUUAUUGACACCAUUCCAAACGUGUCCUGCUUGGAACUAAUUGCCCUUGAUUUUGGUUAAACUUGUUUCAGGCGAGUUAUGCUGCGUCCAUCUUGCACGUUACCCAGAAUGAGGUGGCACACUUCUGGAAGUACCACAUCGGUCUGCAUUCGUGUUUUUUGAGUGCUUUGCCCACCACCUUGCAUGCAGCAAGGGAGAACAGUUCAGCAUAUCCCUCUUCUUGCAAGUUUAAUGCAUGACACCUGACCUACCUGCAGAGUGAGGUGGUACAGUCUUUGAUUCUGCCACCACCUUUCUGUAUACAGUUGUACCUCGGUUUACAAACUUAAUCCGUUCCGGAAAUCCGUUCUUAAACCGAAACCGUUCUUAAACCGAGGCGCGCUUUCCCUAAUGAGGCCUCCUGCCGCUGGUGCCCUUCCACCGUUCAGAUUCUGUUCUUAGACCGAGGUAAAGUUUGCAAACUGGGACGCUACUUCCGGUUUUGCGGAGUUCGUAAACUGAGUACGUAAACAGGGCUGUUCUUAAACUGAGGUACCACUGUAAUGUAUACAAACAACCCUUAAGUCCAAGUAAGUGGUAUUGCGAGGGUGAGGUGGGUAGGAGAGUGUUAAGUUCUACUUCAUGAUUUCUUUUCAUAAUUCAUAUCAUGGCAUUCCAGUAUAAAAUUUAAACAUGUAAGUGGGGGAAUAUCAGUGCAUUGCAUAUUUAUUUCCUACUAAAGCAUAGAACUUUUUUUUUAAGGGGUGGGGGCAGUGGUUUAUUCCAUACUGGUUUCUACUGAGCUUUAUCCUUUCUUAAAAAUAAUAAUAAUGAAUCAAUACAGUACUGUAAUGUAUAUAAUUUGUACAGUUUUCCCCCCUUAACAUACUUUUUUGGGAAUUGUGUUUUGCUUUUCAUUAACCAAUACUUGACCUUUAGUUCUUAGAGCUUUGUAUGGCAAAAAAAUAAAAAGCUAUUAAUUUUCCAAUGUGCAAACAAUUUAUUGAGAAAAAAAACACCAAAACAGUUGUUUCUGGGAUUGCUGUUCAUGGAUGGCUUUUGCUGCUGCCCAGUUUUUGAAAAGUCAGAUUUGGAUUCCUUUGCAGGUGUAAACUAAAGGAAAGAUGUGAUUAAUCUGAAUAGGGACAGUUACACGUCUAUCGGGUCCAAUGUCAGGUCCAGAAGCAUUUUAGUCAUGCUGGCCAAAUGACCCACAAAAAGCUGUCUGUGGACAAACACCGGCUCCCUCAGCCUGAAAGCGAGAUGAGUGCUACACCCCUGAGUCGCCUUUGACUGGACUUAGCUACCCAGGGGUCCUUAACCUUUAUUUACCAAUGAAAAACCAUUGUUUUAGCUCAUUUAUGUAGUAUGUCUCAAAAUCUAAUUGGUUUUGUUGUUUUUUAAAAACAGUUUAGCAAAACAACAACAGAAAGUAUCCCAGAGCACUUGACGUAAGCUUAUCAAAAAGGCUUGCAUUCUAGAAGACAUAAGGGGAGAAAGGGGAGCAAAGAAGCACAAUUCUUAAAUAGGAAUGAUAAAAACCAGCUGGGAUUAAAACAAUUCAGGGAGAAAAGGCAAUGGAAUGGCUCUGGUUUGCAUCUCUUUAUUUGCUGUUGCCUGAUGCCAGAUGCCAGGUGAGGAAGGGAAGCUUGGUAGAGCUGGUGUCCUACAGUGGAGGCAAUCAAGUAGCCCAGUGUCUCUUCUCCCUCAGGAGUAAUUCUCAGAGCCCUGCAUCCAACUCAAGGCGCAACCUACUCGUCCCUUAUGACAAUUGGUGACCCUGGGUUGAGGUAUACAUCAAAAGAUGGACCUAUCGGUUCAGGAGAAUUAAAUUGUGAUGCAAACGGAACAUUGGUACCAACUACACACAAGAGAGGUUGCUUUUGUGCACAUAUUUUUGGCUGAAUUGGGGUAAAAGAAUGUGGAGUCAUUUUGUCAUCAUUCCAUUUAUUUAGCUUGUGUUUUAUAUAGGUGAUUGGUUUUAAAAACAUUUUUGUUCAGGAAGCACUUUCCACAUCGGCUCCUUUACUGUGGAACUUCAGAGCAUCUACUGCAGACACACACACACACACACACACACACACACAAAAUUUUGCAGCAGAUGGUGUGUUUUUAAGGGUUUACACAAUUCACUGGCUAGGCCUUUAUUGCCCAUGAGAAGGAACCCUAUAGCAGCACACCCAACAUUUCCCCCAAAUUCCCCUUGUUGAGAAAGUCCCUCUAGAUUGGUGUCUUUUUGUGGAUGUGUUCUGCAACUCGUCUUUAUGCAAUAAUAGUGCAUUAUUAUUCUGCUGCACUGGGAGUUCAGUGAUGCUUCCCCAAUGUUAUCUGGAGGGGGCACUCUUGCACUGCAGCAGAACAACUAGGGCAAAAAUAAAAUAAACCAAGACACCUGUAGUACAAAACGUUAACAGGGCUUGAUGCUACGUUGCUACAUGUCCAAUUAGUGCAUGUUCUGUAUCUGUCCCCAAAGUGUUGCAGGCUCGAUCAGUAUGGAAAGCACAACUGUGUAUAACUACCCCAAUACCAUUAUGAGCACAAGUAAUAAAUAAGCUGGCCAGAGUCGUUCGCGACUGGACUUCACUGUCAGGGGUCCUUUACCUUUUUUUUAGGAGCAUAGAAACUGCCUUGCUCCAAGUCGAUGCAUUUGCCCACCUAACCCAGUAUCAAGCGGGCAUUUCCCCCAUCACCUGCUGCUACCGGGUACCUGAUCUUUAUUUAAACUCUAAGCCUGGGAUCUGAAUGGAGUGUGUCCUACCACUCAUUUAUUGCCCCCCCCUUGCUAGCUGUGAAAAGAGGCAGCAUACUUUUCAUGUUCACCCUCUUCUCUUUGUUACCAGGGCCUUAAAUACAAGCAGCUCAGCUCACCUCUCUCCUUCCCUGCCAACCACCCUUUCUUUCCUAAGUUCUAUGUGCCAUUAUUUCUGCUUUUGGUCAAAAGCCUGUACUUAAGAAUUCUUGCAGUUAUUUACAGUGACCCAAAUUCAGCUGCAGAAGAGGGAUUAUAAUGGAAGCCAUGUUUCUGUGCAA